AUGAAUCAACCUAGAAUGGCGAGAAAACACAUUUUAGUUUUGGUCGUUCUAUUCAUUGUUAUAUUGGUGGCUUCCUCAAAUACCGCAUCCCCCGUUGAAAAUCAACUUGAAACCCGUAUUAUAUACAAACGUCAAAAUAACGGUGAUCAGAAAACCCCUGAAGAAAAUCAACCAGCGGAUGUCCCAAAGGAUACACCAAAAGAACCAAAGCUACCCAUUAAACCGGUAAAAGAGCCGGAAAAAAAUAUACCUGUUAAAAACCAAGAAGAUGCAAAAGAUCCGAAAGGACAAGAUCCGAAAGGACCAUCAGGUAAUCCUAAAAUCCCAAAUGAUUCUAAAACCCCCAUUGAUAUUAAACUCCCAAAAGAUCAAACUGAUAAUGAUCCUAAAAAACCCGAAAAUGUUGCCAAAAAUCCUGAAAAUGUUGAUAAUCCUAAAAAAGCUAAAACACCAAAAGAUGCAAAAAAUCCAAAAGCACCAUUAGAUCCCGAAAUUCCUAUCGAUCAAAAUCCAAAGGAUAAACCAAAGACAAAUAACCCAACUGAUUCUAAUCCUAUUACAGACAAUCCUGCUAAGGAUCCUAAAGAUCCUAAAGAUCCUGUCAAGGACCCGCUUAAGGAACCUGUCACGGAUCCCGCCGUAAAGGAACCUGUCACGGAUCCCGCCGUAAAGGAACCUGCCAAGGAUCCGCUAAAGGAACCUGUCACGGAUCCCGCCAAGGAUCCUGCCAAGGACCCUGUUAAAGAGCCCGCUAAGGAUCCUGCCAAGAAACCUGUCGAUCCAAAAGUUCCCCUUCCAAAAAACCCAAUUCAAGAACCAACAAAAGAGCCAACAAAAGCACCUGCUAAAGCAGAGGCAAAGGAAAAAAUUCCACCCCCUGUUACUACAAUUUUUGAGACGCCAGCUGCUACUCCUCCACCAAAAAUUCAACAAAAAAACGGUGAAAAGCCACAAAAAUGGUCAACUUUUACAACUUAUAUUUCUUCCACUUCGGUCAUACCAGCUUCUGUGACCAAAAAAUCCACUACAAUUGAUGGUGUUGAAACUGUUGUAGAAUCUACCAUUCCUCCAAAUACCGUGGUUGUGGUGAAAGCUAUCGUCACAAGUACACCUGUCGCGGCUGAACUCAUGGAGGAGUCUAGCGGAACGAUUUUGGAUAUUAAUAAAGGAUUGAGUUUUAUUUUUGGUAGCAUUAGUUCAUUAUUCAUGUUAAUAGCAUAG